CUUAUAACUUUCAGAAAAAUGGAUAUUUUUGUUAAUGAAAAUUUCCACAAAUACCUUUCAGAUGCAGAUUACGAUUGCAUCGGAAGUACUGUUAAAAAAAAAAAAAAACUAUAUUACGUCAGAACCUUUUAAAGUAUAUCACCGGUGUCAUUCAAAUGAGGGAAAAAUUAUCAACGACACCGUCUCCUUGUUGUGUUUCUAAUUAAUUGUGUGAAUCUAAUUAUAUAUCAUGUAUAGCAAUUAUCUCGUGUUAAGGUGAACGUUAAAGUUUGUGGAUAAGAUAUGGCGAUCUACAUGUUUCAGGAUUGCUGUUCGAUCACCUUCGUGAUUCAAUGAUUCGUUUGAUCACAACUUUACAUCGUUAGUUUGUUGUUUAGUGGAAAUGGCUUUUAAUCAGCAACAAAUCAAUCAAUGAACUUUCCUCAUCCCGCUUCCCUUCUCAUCUUUCAAACUGAAAACAUUUAUUACAUUGUUAUAUAUUUUUCGGUUAUUCCUAGGAAGCAAUCCUCAUUUAUUGGGACAGUACUUAUACCGGUGUAUGCAUAUAUACACUUACUUAUCGAGUACAUGUUAUAUACGCACACACUUAUUUUCUUGGUUCGCCAUCGCUGUUAGACAUUCAUAUAUUUUCAUACUUUUGAGUAGUGCUACAUGGUCGUUUCAUUACAGCAUCUCUCAGAUUUCACCGAAACACUACAGUCAUUCCUUUAAUGGAUGUAUAUUCCUUAGUCUACAUAACAUAAUUUAACGAUGUCUAUAUUUUCUAUUGUGUGAACUACUUGGAAAUGGCCCAGUGAACCACUUGGAAAUGGCCCAGUCAGCAAUAAAACAUUUUAUUGGUGAGUAGAAAAUAUAUCUACAUUACAUCUGUUCCUCACAUGUAAACAGAGGACUGUGGUAUCUAAGACAAGAAACUGAACUAUGCUAGAUUAACUCACAAAAAUUUGUCAGCUUUAAGAAUUGUUCAAGAAUUGAUAUGGAGAAGGUUAAUCAAUUGGACUCUUCAAACACAAAUGUUAUUAACAAUAUAGAUACAGUUAGAGAUAAGAAAGCUCUAGAGAAAAAUGUUCCUGAAUACUGCUGUGAGAUUUGUGUGAAGACAUUCUCUUCAGAACAUGAAGUCUUCAAACAUAAAGAAAUACACACUAAGGAAAAAUAUUUCCAUUGUAAAAUAUGUGGGAAAUAUUUUGUUUCUAAUAGUAAAUUAACAAAACAUACAAGAAUACACACUGGAGAGAAACCUUUCCAUUGUGAAAUAUGUGGAAAAUCAUUCUCUGAUAAUUCUAAUCUUGUCGUUCAUAUGAGAAUCCACACAGGGGAAAAACCCUACAGUUGUGAAAUAUGCGGGAAGUCCUUCUCUGAAAAUUCCAACCUUGCAGUUCACAGAAGAAUUCACACUGGUGAGAAACCUUUUCAUUGUGAAAUCUGCGGCAAAUCGUUUGUCUAUAACAGCAAGCUAACAAAACACAGAAGAAUGCACAGUGGAGAAAAACCGUUUUAUUGCGAACUAUGUGAAAAGUGUUUUGUUGAUAACAGUGAUUUAGCAGCACACAAAAGAAAGCAUAUCAAAGAGAAACUGUUUAAUUGUGAAACAUGCGGGAAAUCGUUUCUUAAUAAUUCUCAUCUUGUUAUCCACAAACGUAGUCACACUGGAGAAAAACCCUAUCGUUGUGAAAUAUGUGGGAAAUCUUUUGUUGAUAAUAGUUACGUAAAUAGACACAAACGAAUACACACUGGAGAUAAACCUUUCCACUGUGAAAUAUGUGGGAAAUCUUUUAUUACUAACAGUCACUUAAAAACUCAUAAAGUAAGUCAUACUGGAGAAAAGCCAUUUCACUGUGAAGUAUGUGGUAAAUUUUACAUAAAUAACUAUUCUCUUGUUAUACACAUACGUAGUCAUAGUGGAGAAAAACCUUUCCACUGUGAUAUUUGUGAGAAAUCAUUUACUACUAAUAGUCAAUUAAAAACACAUAAAAUAUUACACACUGGCGAAAAACUGUUUCACUGUGAAAUAUGUGGCAAGUCUUACAUAAAUAACUCUUAUCUCAUUUUACACAUUCGUAGUCACACUGGAGAAAAGCCAUAUUAUUGUGAGAUGUGUGGGAAAUCCUUUGCCUCCAAUAGUAAUUUAACAAAGCACAAGCUGAUACAUUCUGGAGAAAAACCUUUCCACUGUGAAAUGUGUGAGAAAUCUUUUAUUAAUAACAGCGAUUUAAACAGACACAAAAGGACGCACACUGGAGAAAGACCUUUCAGUUGUGAAGUGUGUGGCAAGUGUUUUGCGUCCAAUAGAGAUUUGACUACUCACAAACGAAUACACACAGAAAAACCUUAUCACUGUGAGACAUGUGGGAAAUCUUUCUGUGCUAAUUCUAGUCUAAUUGUCCACAAACUUAGCCACACUGGAGAAAAGCCAUAUCAUUGUGAAGUUUGUGGGAAAUCGUUUAACAGAAAUAGUCAUUUAAAAAGACAUAAAGAAAUCCACUCUCGAGGAAAGAAGACUUUUAAUUACAAAACACUUAAAUGGUUGGGUUUCUUUGUAUCCCUUAGAGAAAUGUCAAACGAAUUAGGAAAAUCACAACAUUGUUGUGAAAUCUGUGGUAAAUCAUUCUCUACAAGUAGUGAGUUAAUUAGACACAUUCGUGUUCAUACAGGUGAGAAGCCAUUUCAUUGUGAUAUCUGUGGUAAAUCGUUCUCUCAAAGCAAUGACUUAAUUAAACAUAAACGUAUUCAUACAGGAGAGAAGCCGUAUCACUGUGAUAUCUGUGAUAAAUCAUUCUCUGUAAACAGUACCUUAAUUCAACACAAACGUAUUCAUACAGAGGAAAAACCAUAUAAUUGUGAUAUCUGUGGUAAAUCAUUCAUUGCAAAAGUUAACUUAACUAGACACAAAUAUAUUCAUACUGGAGAAAAGCCAUUUCACUGUGAUGUGUGUGGUAAAUCAUUCACUGGAAUUGGUGACUUGAUUAAACACAAACGUACCCAUACUGGAGAAAAACCAUAUAAUUGUGAUAUCUGUGGUAAAUCAUUCUCUAACAGUAGUAAUUUGACGAAACACAGAUGUAUACAUACAGGAGAGAAACGAUAUCACUGUGAUACCUGUGGCAAGGCAUUCACUGACAGCAGUCACUUAAAAAGGCACAAACGUAUUCACACAGGAGAAAGACCAUAUAAUUGUGAUCUUUGUGUCAAGGCAUUCACUGGAAAUAGUCACUUGAGACAGACAUGUUCACACAGGAGAGAGACCACAUCACUAUGAUAUCUGUGGUAAAUCAUUCUCUAGAAUUACUAACUUGACUAGACAUGAACGUAUUCAUACAGGAGAAAAACUAUAUAAUUGUGAUAUCUGUGAGAAAGCAUUCUUGGACAGUGCAAUCUUAAAAGGACACAGACAUAUUCACACAGUAGAAAACCAUAUUCCUGUGAUUUCUGUGGUAAAUCAUUCUCGUGGAGAAGCAACUUAACUACACGUGCAUCUAUUCAUGUAAAAGUGUGAUUAUAUUAUUGUCAAAAUUCAUUAGAACACCAGACAUGAACCAAUAUUUCAAAACCAUUCCCCCUGCUAAAUCAUGGCUUAACUUUUGUGCCCUUAACAGUAAUCAUUGACCCCUUGACAGCAACCAUACAUGUUUCAAGUAUAAACAUGCUUUUAUAUAUAGUCCAUAUAACAUACUUCAAGGAUAUAGGAAAGAUAUUUGAUGUCAUGUUUAAAUAAGGCAGGAACUGGCAGAAUUGUUAACAUGUCUAGCAAAAUGCUUAUCAGCAUUUCAUUUGUCUUUAUAAAGUUAUGGAAGGAAAUGAAGACCAAUUUGAAGAUUGUGUUUUGAAGCCAAGAAGAAACAAAAAACAGGGAAGUGUUGUUUCUUACACUCUCAAGAAGAAUAAGGUUCUGGAUAAACCAUUUCGUGAAUCUGUGGAGAGUUUCAUUACAGAAAAUCGACCAAGGAGGAGAAUCUGGAUAUUCUCUCUGUAGAAGUCAAAUUUUGUCAUAAACAUGUCGUGCUGCACAGUAAUAAGAGACCUGGAUGAAUUUAGAAGAAUGCAAAUGCCACGAACCAUUCUGGAAAUGUCUUCAGUUAAGUAAUGAGAUCUGCAGCAACAUCUGGACCAAGUCUGUUGAGACUGGAGGAAUUUCAGAGCAGAAGAAUGGGAAACCACAACAUUAGCAUAUCUGUAAAAAGUCUUUUACUCAGAAACGUUGCCUAAAUACAAAUAUAUUAAUACGAGAGAGAGUCCAUUUCACUGUGAUGUCUGUGGUAAAUCAUUCUCAUAUAAUAAUGUCAUGAAUCACAAAUGUAUUCAUACAAGGGACAAACCAUAUCCCUGUGAUUUCUGUGGUAAAUCAUUCUCUCUCUUAACCGAAUGUAUAUCUAUCCAUACAAAAGUGUAACUAUAUCAAUGUCAAACUUCAUUGCAUCUCAUAACAACCAGCAUUUUAAGAUCUUUUUACCCUGAGUUAGUCCUGUGGUCUUAACAGUAAUCUCUACAGCCUUCCCUUGAAUCAUACUCAUCAUGGUUAUUUCUUUGAGCUACUAUUUUCUGACCACAUUCUCUGUAUGUAAACCACUUUAGUAGCCUCUUGCAACAUACAGGGAUAUGGGAUUCUAUCUGUAUCCAUUUCUGGUCUGAACUGGAUACAACUACUAUGUGAAAAUUGCUUCUAAUAAUAUGUAUCUUAUGUAAACAGAAACAAAAAAAAUUUUAUAGACAAUGUAAUAGUAUAUAAGAGCAACGACCAACUUUGUAUUUUAUAUCAGGGGUCCCAAACCCCUAGUUCUUGUAUCAUUUGCUACCAGGCCAGAAAGAAAUUAACUUGUUUAAAAUUAUAUAAUAUUUAAAUUGAAUAUUUGACUUUAAUUUUAAAAGAAUUGUUUAAAUAUACAACACAAUACUCAGUACAAUCUCUCAUAACUAAGUACAUUUGUAAUUAGUGUAUAUUUUACGUUUACCUUUACUGUCAUAACUGUUAGUACAGUUUACAGUGUAUUUUUUAAUUUUUUUAUCUUCUAUAUCAUCAUCAUCGUUUAACGUCCGCUUUCCAUGCUAGCAUAGGUUGGACGAUUUGACUGAGGACUGGUGAAACCGGAUGGCAACACCAGGCUCCAAUCUAAUUUGGCAGAGUUUCUACAGCUGGAUGCCCUUCCUAACGCCAACCACUCAGAGAGUGUAGUGGGUGCUUUUACGUGUCACCCGCACAAAAACGGCCACGCUCGAAAUGGUGUCUUUUAUGUGCCACCCGCACAAGCCAGU